AUGUCAAAGAUUGACGAUGCAGGCGUUCUGGUCGUUGGCGGAUGCGAUGCGGGACGCGGUGCCGGCAUGGAUCAAGUCUACUGCACUCAAGGCGCCUUCGAUCGAUCAGAUCUCCUGGCAGAGGAUGCGGGCGGCGAAGGAAAGAUUGAGGAGUGCUCUGAAAUCUGGUCGUUGGUGCUCAAUCUUAGCUUCGUUGAUGAUUUCGGUGUCUUUGCAGAAGAUCUCGACGCGGUCCAAAGCGAUGAUGAAGUCAUGGUAGCGCUCGCCAAAGUGGUGGAUACAUUUGGCAAAGGAUUCAGUGGAAGUCCGGCCGUGAUUGGAUCCAGGAUUGCGACGGACCGACAUAGAACUACCUCGUAUCACGUCUGGCUGCCCGUGACCGUUGUCGCUGAAGGACCGGUGUCGCUGAAGGACGGUGUCGCUGAAGGGCUGGUGAGGCUGGUGAAGGCCGGUGUCGAAGGCUCGGUGGAAGGCUCGGUGGAUAACUCGGUGGAUGGCUCGGAUGGUGGUGAAGUCGCUGGUGAGCACGCGGAGGUCGUAUUCAUGGCACAGAGCUGGUGGUGGAUGGCGGGUGGUCGUGAACGUGCAGCAAUUUAUGGCGUGAUUGCGCAGUGGAUGUUCAUGUCGAGACGGUGUAGGCUGCAGAGCGCAGUUUCGAGGGUGCGGAAGGAUACGGUCGUGAAAACGCUGCUGGCGAGCAGUCUUUGGUCAUGGCGCCGCAUUGAGGGCAGUUCGAGGGUUGCGGAGGGUCGUGAGAACGCUGGUGUUGGCGCAGAUGGAGGAGUGGUUGCUGGUGGAGCGCGCGGAAGUCGUGUUCAUGGCACAGAGCUGGCGGCGCAAGAGCUGUGUGAUGCUUGCAGGGGCGGUUGUGAUGUCGGAGUCGGUAUCGGUGAGGGUGGCAGCGAGUGCUUGAAGCUGCUGGGGACUGGUGCGCUGUCGCGAGCGCAGAGUGCGGCUUCUGAGGCACUGGUAGAGCGACUGGUGUUGUCGAAGCUGUUCACUGGCAGUUGCUGGAAUUCAGCUCCUUGUGUCGACGAGGAGGAGUUGGUGCCUGUGAAGAAGGCUCGUGUUGCAGACAGCUUACUCGUUGCCAAUGCAGGCUGCGAGCGCGUGGAGCUGUUGAGGGUUCGUGCGUUGUCGAGAACGCAGUGUGCGUUGAGCGGCUGGUGUCGUCGAGAUGAUGGUCGGAGCGAGUGGUGCGAUGGCCGGCGAGACUGCUACUGGCGGUGCUGUACUCGACGGUAG